AGUGUCAUCAAAGGUCUUUCAAAACAGUAUGAUUUAACCUUUGCAUUAGCAUAAUAUUUACCUUUUCUACGGUUUAAUUAACAUCGGAUAACUCUCUUGAUAAGCCUCGGCUGAGUUACGGUUUUCAGUGUCUGAAUCCAGCAAAAAACAAUCUUGUUGAGUGAGAGCGAAGAUGGCUGCCACUUGGAUCUGCUGCAACAGCUGCUUUUCUUCAGCAUCCCCUGGCAAUGAACUAGCAGUGUCCACCUGUCGUCACAUCAUCUGUAGCAGAUGUUUCAAGAAAGGUAAUGUUCAGCAGGGGCAGUGUGGAAUUUGCAAGGCAAAGUGUCAUCUCUCUCUGAUAUCAGACAAGAGUAGUCCAGAUGUGAAAGCUCUCUUUACUGACCUGGGGUCUACAGCGACAAAGUACUUCUCAGAGAUCAAAGGAGUCUUGCAAUUCCAGGCAAGACAACAAAAGCGAUUACUGACACAUUAUCAACAAAGGAGUCAAAACCUGGAAGAAACGGUUAUGAAAAUGAAACAGGAGAUACAAGAACUGAACAAAAAGAUCUCGCAGCAGAACAUGUACAUACACAAGCUGGAGAGCUCAGCUCAUCAAAGGUACAGUUAG